GAUGGAUAAAAGAUUCAAACAUACACUUGUGGCAUUUAAAAUAUGUCCUUAUUGCAUGAAAGUGCUUACAAUAAUGUGUCAUAAAAAUGUUAAAUUUGAAAUCAAAUUUAUAGAAAUGCAUAAUAAACCUGAUUGGUUUCUUAAGUUAAGUCCUCUUGAAAGAGUACCUAUAUUAAUCAUUGGUGAAGAAGGUAUUAUUUUAUUUUUAUUUUUUAGUUGUUUUAUUUGAGUCAGCAGCAAUAAUGGAAUAUAUUGAUGAAAUUACACCACCUAAAUUAAUGCCAGAUGACCCUAUUUAAAAAGCAAUAGACAGAGCUAAGUUUGAGUAUUCAAAUGAGAUAAUUAAAAAUCUCUAUUAAUUUGUCUUUUGUUUAGAACAAGAAGUAAGUUCUUAUUUAAAAGCAAUAGAAAUUUAUAAACCUCAAGUAAUGGCUAAUAAAACAUUUUAAACAAAUGGAGGAAUGGUUAAAAGAUAAAUAAUAUAUAAAUGGAACUGAAAUUUCUUUAGUCGAUUUUAAUUUUGUACCAGUUUUUGUAGUAUUAAAUAUGCUGAAACCCAUUUUGCCAUGUGAUAUGUUAAAGGAUUACAAAAGAGUAUAAAUCAGGAAUAGAAAUAGUUAUAAAAUUAUGGUGAUUCUUUAACAUCUAUGUAAUGUACAAAAACAGGUAGAGUUCCAGAUUAUGAAUUUUUGAUGAUUGAUGGAAUUAAAAAUAAAAAUACUGUGCUAUUUAGAUCUAACCCAUGUUAUUUCAAUGGUCCUAAGGCUUCACGAUGUUGUUUCUUUGGUAAAUGA